AAGUCAUAUGACCUACAUGCGGAGCUGCGGUGCAGGACAGAGGAGGAAGUCGAAUCUCUGAGUUGGAAACAUUCUUCUCUCGUGAACCCACUUGGACUGAUUCCUCCGUCGUCCUCCUGUGCUCGGUCCUCUGAUGUUGUCCUGCGGGCUGCUGCUGUGUGUGCUCGCCGUGCUGCAGCUCGGAUCCUGGGCUCAGUACGCCCCGGACGAGGUGACGCAUCUGCCGGGUAUGAUGUUCAAGCCCAACUACCAGCAGUGGUCCGGGUACCUGCGAGUAGGACCGGGGAGGUUUUUCCAUUACUGGUUUGUGACCUCUCAGAGGGACCCGCUCAAUGACCCUCUGGUGCUCUGGCUGAAUGGAGGCCCAGGCUGCAGCUCGCUGGAUGGACUCCUGUCAGAGAAUGGACCAUUCCAUGUGAACGAUAACGGGGCCACACUGUACGAGAACAAAUUCAGCUGGAACAAGAUCGCCAACAUGCUGUACCUGGAAUCUCCAGCAGGGGUGGGAUACUCCUACUCUGAUGACCAGAUAUACAAAACCAAUGACACCCAGGUUGCUAAGGACAACUAUGUAGCGCUGCAGGGUUUCUUUACCAAGUUCCCAAAUUUCACUAAAAAUGACUUCUUCAUCUUUGGAGAAAGUUACGGUGGAGUCUACGCCCCAACCCUCAGCCUACUGGUGGCUACAGGACCUGCCAGGAUCAACUUGAAGGGCUUCGCAGUGGGAAACGGAAUCAGCAGCUUUGCUCUCAAUGACCAGAGUUUGAUCUACUUUGGUUACUACCACGGCCUCUUUGGAGAAGAUUUGUGGCAGGAUCUGAAAAACAACUGCUGUGAGAAGGGAACCUGUAACUUUCACAACUCCACGUUGGAGUCCUGCCAGGAGCUGGUGAUGGAGGCCUUUGAUAUCGUGUAUAACAGUGGACUGAAUGAGUACGCCCUCUACUUGGACUGCGAGGGUCCCAAUAGAUUCCACAGAGGCUAUGAGAAGACCAUGAAUCAUCUGUUUAAGAACUACAGGAAACCUCCGCAGAGCCGCAAGUUUUCAUACAGAGUGAUUUCCUCCGUGUCCCUGGGUGAAGUUCCUCCCUGCAUAAAUAGCACAGCACAGAUGAACUGGCUGAACAGGGGCGACGUGAAGAAGGCUCUACACAUUCCUGAUGUAUUGCCACCAUGGGACAUCUGCAGUGAUGAAGUUGGAGAGAAUUACACCAACCUGUGCCCAACAAUGAAGGAUGUGUAUCUGAAGCUGCUGUCUCUGGGCCUGCGGGCGCUCGUCUACAACGGAGACACUGACAUGGCCUGUAACUUCCUGGGAGACCAGUGGUUUGUGGAGGAUCUCGGCAUAAAGGCCACCACAAAGUACCAGCACUGGAUUCAUGAGGAGCAGAUUGCAGGAUUCUACCAACAGUUUGGAAACGUAACCUUCCUCACAGUCAAGGGUGCCGGCCACAUGGUUCCUCAGUGGGCUCCAGGUCCAGCUUUCCACAUGUUCCAGUCCUUCCUAACCAACAGCUCCUACUGAGACUGUACAUGUACACCUAUAGCCUGCUUCAGAUAAACUGAGCCCUGAGAUGAGCAGUGAGUUCUCUGUUGUUCCAGAAUAACUGAUCGGAGUUAGUUCCAUCAUAAUUGUUUUCUCUGGUUAGUGUGAGCCAGGUGAAUGGGGAUUAAGAAAAACAUCAUCAGCGGAGCUCUGACAUUGUGAUUUCAAUGAGGUUAAAUGGGGGGGG